AAAACUCCAGGCCCACCAAGCCCUGUUUUCUGCCUUUAAAAGCCCUGAUCGGGUCCACACCCCUGGGCGUCACUUCUUCUCUGUAGCUCCAUAGCAAAACCACAGCUCCGCAGGCUGCUCUGCUCUACUCUGACUGAACUGACUCAUCGGUGCUGAAGAUGUUUCUGGCUAAGAAGCUGAUUGGAGGAAUUAUCGAUGUUGUCAGCAACAUCGACCCUGGCCAGUUUGUCCCCUCAGACCCACCUCCCCCUCGCAGGCCGUAUGCGUACGCUGAGGCCAACGAGACUGACGAGGAGAGACAGUUCCGGAAAGUGUUCCAGCAGCUCGCCGGUGAUGACAUGGAAGUGAGUCCCAACGAGCUGAUGAACAUCCUGAAUAAAAUCAUCUCUAAACAUGCUGACCUGAAGACAGAUGGCUUCACUAUUGAGUCCUGCAGGAGUAUGGUGGCUGUUAUGGAUAGUGACAGUACAGGUAAACUGGGCUUCCAUGAGUUCAAACACCUGUGGAACAAUAUCAAGAAAUGGCAGGCUGUCUACAAGGAGUUUGAUGCAGAUCGUUCUGGGGUGAUUGGAGAAGACGAACUGCCGAAUGCAUUCAAAGCUGCAGGUUUCCCCCUGAAAGAUCAGCUCUUCCAGCUGAUCAUCCGCAGAUACAGCGAUGAGAACAAAAACAUGGACUUUGAUAAUUAUAUCGGCUGCCUGGUGCGCCUGGACGCCAUGUGCCGUGCCUUUAAGACGCUGGACAGAGACAAUAAUGGCUCCAUCAAAGUGAACAUCCAGGAGUGGCUGCAGCUGACCAUGUACUCCUGAGCAUCUGGCUGUGCCUGGAACUGACAUCAACUUCACCAAACUGACCCGUGUCCACCCCGAUAGCCUUUUAACUCCACUCAGCACAUUCACUCUCUCACAACACCCACAACCUAGCGCAAACCCCAACACGACUCCAACGCUCCAGCGCUUGUUUUCAUUUUUUUAGUUACUCUUAUUACAUUACUGAUGUCCUAUAUUAGCUAGUGUCAUUUAUAUGGAGAAUAGGGGCCAGGAGACCUUUUAGUCCUUAUUAAUUAAGUCCUCAGUUAAUCAUUAUGGCUGGAGAUGGGGUUUAUAUAUUAUAUAUGUGUACAGCAUGAACGUGUAUAAGACACAGCAGAUGUCAUUAGCGCAUGUCGCCAGUAGGGGGUGCCAAAGCAAAAGUGAGAGCCUGGAUUAGGCAGAAGUGCCUAAUGUCAUAUUUUAUAUUAAAUAAAGUAUAUUAAGAAAUGAAAA